CAUCGAGAGUCGUUCCUGUUGAUCGCUACAUGCCUUUUUCCUCCCUUGCCUGCAUUUCCCAUGGCGCCCGCUAUUACGCCGUUCGGAAGGGGGACAGCUUAACUCCUCUAUUUAUUUUCUUUUGGUUUUUAGCUUAGGAUAGCCGCCUUGUUUUUUAUUUUUCUUUUUUAUUUCGUCCUCGACCGGCCAUGACCGUAGAGCAGAAUGUUCUCCAGCAGCACUCGCAGAAGCACCAGCAGACUCUGCUGAAUCAGUUGAGGGAGGUCACUGGAACCACCGACGUCCAGCAGCUGCAGCACGCGCUCCAGGUCAGCAAUGGCGACUUGUCGGAGGCGGUGGCCUUCCUGACGGAGAAGAACGGCAAGGUGGCACCGCAGGAGGACGCAGCGGCGGCGUACUUCCAGACGGCGCAGGGUGGCGCCAGCGAGCGCUACAUGAGCGUCGGAAGCCAGGCUGACACCAAUGUGAUCGAUCUGACAGGAGAUGACCUGCAGAGGGCGAUCGCGCUCAGCCUGGAGGAAUCGAGCCGGGCCUUCCGGGAGACGGGCAUCACGGACGAGGAGCAGGCCAUCAGCAGGGUGCUGGAGGCCAGCAUCGCCGAGAAUAAGGCCAGCCUGAAGCGGAGCCACACUGAAGUGUGGAGCGACUCCCCCAACCCCCAUGACAGGAAGCGGCAGGACAACUGCCCCGUGGGGCUCAAAAAUGUGGGCAACACCUGCUGGUUCAGUGCAGUCAUCCAGUCCCUUUUCAAUCUGCUGGAGUUCCAGAGGCUGGUGCUACACUACUCCCCCCCGGCACGAGUCCAGGACCUGCCCCGCAAUCAGAAGGAGCACAGGAACCAGCCGUUCAUGCAGGAGCUGCGGUUCCUCUUCUCGCUCAUGGUGGGAUCUAAGAGGAAGUACGUGGACCCAUCCCGAGCCGUGGAGAUCCUGAAAGAUGCGUUCAAGUCCAGCGACUCGCAGCAGCAGGACGUCAGUGAGUUCACGCACCGACUCCUGGACUGGCUAGAGGACGCCUUCCAGAUGAAGGCGGAGGAGGAGAGGGAAGGCGAGAAACCCAAGAACCCAAUGGUGGGACUAUUCUACGGACGUUUCCUGGCGGUGGGAGUUUUGGAAGGAAAAAAGUUCGAGAACUCGGAGAUGUUCGGACAGUACCCCCUGCAGGUCAACGGCUAUAAGGACCUGCACGAGUGCCUGGAGGCGGCCAUGAUCGAGGGCGAGAUCGAGUCUCUACACUCGGAAAACUCUGCCAAGUCCGGCCAGGAGCACUGGUUCACGGAGCUACCCCCAGUCCUGACCUUCGAGCUAUCCCGCUUCGAGUUCAACCAGGCACUCGGCCGACCCGAGAAGAUCCACAACAAGCUGGAGUUCCCGCCCAUGCUCUACAUGGACCGGUACAUGGACAGGAACCGGGAGAUCACCCGGAUCAAGCGGGAGGAGAUCCGGAGGCUGAAGGAACAUCUUACGGUUCUCCAGCAGAGACUGGAGAGAUAUCUGAGCUACGGUUCCGGCCCGAAAAGGUUCCCUCUUGCCGAUGUGCUGCAGUACGCUAUGGAGUUCGCCUCCAGCAAGCCUGUGUGCACCUCGCCCGUGGAGGACAUUGACGGCUCCACGCCACCAGGGAGCACCGCAGCUCAGCUGAUGCCAAGCGCCCCUGAUCCUGGUACGUGCAACACUCCUGAGGCCCAGCCGCGGGUGUCCGUGCACAAGCCCUUCACACAGUCGCGGCUGCCCCCGGACCUGCCCAUGCACCCCGCCCCGCGGCACAUCACUGAGGACGAGCUGCGUGUGCUGGAGGGCUGCCUGAAGCGCUGGCGGAGCGAGGUGGAGAAGGACACAAGGGAGCUGCAGGGCAGCAUUGCCAGGAUCCAUCGCACCAUGGAGCUCAUGUAUGCAGACAAGACCAUGAUGCAGGUCCCAUACCGGCUCCACGCAGUUCUGGUCCACGAGGGCCAGGCCAACGCGGGUCACUACUGGGCCUACAUCCACGACCCGAAGCAUAGCUGCUGGAUGAAAUACAACGACAUCGCGGUGACGCGCUCCACCUGGGAGGAGCUUGUGCGCGACUCGUUCGGCGGCUACCGGAACGCCAGCGCCUACUGCCUCAUGUACAUCAAUGACAAGAAACCCUUCCUCAUAGAGGAGGAGUUCGACAAGGAAACGGGGCAGGUCCUCAGCGGCUUGGACAAGCUUCCUGCAGACCUGAAGCUCUACGUGCAGGAGGAUAACCAGCUGUUUGAGAAGGAGCUGCAGGAGUGGGAUGCGCUGCAGACUCGCAAAGCCCGGCAGGAGAAGGCGACGCCAGGCCGGCCUGCCGGCACCGAGCACAGGGCCCCAGAGAGCCCUGCCCCCCAGCAAGACCCGGAGUACAUGGAACAGCCCUCCCCGACAGACGACGGGCGGCACCUGCGUGAGGACACUCAGCGGGCCAUCUCCCGGGCUGUAGCUGAGCAGGAUGAGAUGAACCCUGAGGCCGUGCUUAGCACGGCCGCCCAUGACCCCCCCUCCACACCCCCUCCCCCUGCCCCCGAGCUCGAGGCUAGCCCCUCUGGGGCCGCGUCCCCCGAACUCGCGGCGGAACCUUCCGGGCCGGCGGCCCCCCCCCACCGCGUAGUGGAGGUGGCCAUCCCCCACGUGGGCACCUUUGUCAUCGAGUCGGAGGAGGGGGGGUACGACGACGAGGCGAUGCUGACCCCAAACAUGCAGGGUGUCAUCAUGGCCAUUGACAAAGCCGGGGGUGUGUAUGAGAAGGCGGGGCCAGACGCGGCCUUCUUCAAGGCCUUCAAGGUGGAGUACGCCCGGCUUCUACGACUGGCCCAGGAGGACACGGCACCCGAGAACGACCGGCGCCUUCAGCACGUCCUCAUCUACUUCCUGCACAACCAAGCGCCCCGGAAGGUUCUGGAACGCACCCUGCUCAUGCAGUUCGCCGACCGCAACCUGAGCUUCGACGAGCGGUGUCGGAGUGUUAUGAAAGUGGCACGUGCCAAGCUGGACCUCAUAAGCCCGGAUGAGGUGAACAUGGGGGAGUACGAGAUGUGGCACCGGGAUUAUCAGUCCUUCCGGGACACCACCGUGUUCCUGAUAAUCGGCCUGGAACUAUUCCAGAAGAAAAGCUAUGUGGAGUCCUUGAUCUACCUGGUCUACUGUUACCAGUACAACAAGGAGCUCCUGUCCAAGGGGCCAUACCGGGGGUAUGACGAGGAACUGAUCGGCCACUAUCGACGAGAAUGCCUGCUGAGGCUGAACGAGCACGCGGCAGCCAUGUUCGAGUCCGGUGAGGAUGCGGAGGUCAGCAACGGCCUGAGCGUCAUGAACGAGCUGGUGGUGCCCUGCCUGCCACUGCUGCUGGCCGACGAGACGGAGGAGAAGGACAUCGCCGCCGUGGAGGACAUGAGGAACCGCUGGUGUUCCUACCUCGGCCAGGAGAUGGAGCCUCAGCUGCAGGAGAAGCUGACCGACUUCCUGCCGAAGUUGCUGGACUGCUCCACCGAGGUCAGGAGCUUCCAGGAACCGCCCAAGCUGCCCGCCUACUCCACCCUGCAGCUGUGUGAACGCUACGCGCGCGUCAUGGCUUCCCUGAGCCGGACGCCCGCCGACGGCAGAUGAACCGCCUGCCUGCUCAGCCACCCGCCAAACAUGCCCACUCACGGACUCGUGUCAGCCCUCCGCCGGCCCUCGCCUCACCCCCUGCUGGCCGCGGGUUGUUCUGCCUGUUACUUCAGUUUUUUCCCCUCCCUUCCCAGUAUUGCUAUAGGUUUCAUUAUUGUACUUUUAUUCCUCUUUCAGUUAUCCUGUCAGCAACUGCGACAGCAGGAGGAGUGUGGACAUUUAAAAAAUAAAAAAUUAUACGUAAAAAAAAAAAAACGUAAGCAAAAAAAAAAAAAACGUUAAAAUGUAACGGCAAAACUGCAUUACUAGACGCCCAGUGCAUGCUGCUCCUGCGCAAACGAGGUUGCCUUUUUUAUUUUUAAUUUAAUGACGGAGUAUUGUUUGGUUGCCCCCUCCCCAUUGCGCCCCCCCCCCCCCCCCCCCCGGUCAGUGUUAUCGCCCUUCAGCCAGCCCCAUGGUGGAUCAUGGGGCGGCGCCCGCAGCGGCUCCCUCCCCCAGGACUGCGCCA